GUAAUUGCAGUAUGAUUCUUUUAGUCCGUUCCACACUCGAUACGAUCCAGUUCCGGGUUCUGUAUAGCUCGCCAUAAAACGCGGAGUGGCUCAGUGGGAUGGAGUAGGGCGGGCCUUUAAUGCGCCGCUGCUACAGGGAUACCAAGAUGGAAAUGCAGGGGCUUUCUAAUGCCCAAAACACUCACUACCAACAUGGCGUCCCGCCUAAGACUGGUAUGUCGUGUUUGGGAACAGCAACGGGGAGUGUUUCUAGACAAGCUUCACACCAGAACAGCUUCGGGUCGCAAAGCAACGAGAACCACCACCGGCCCUCGUCUGCUCCGCGUCGUUUGCUGGCACAAAAUGGCAGCGGUGCUCGAGUACAACAGAAACGGGGCGAAAGCAACAACAGUCCGCUGUCAGAAGACCUUCAGGUGGCUCAUAUUGAGCUCUGUAACCUGAACGUGAUGAAGGAGAAGGAGUACGGGGAUUUAGAGCUGCCGCCUGACUUCGUGAGAGCCGAGCUGAAAUACGGAGAAGAGAACGAGGAGGACGGAGUGCUGCAAAUGGCGCUGCCGCUUUUCGACGCAGAGGAAGACGGGUACAGUGCGGAGUGCGAGCCACGACAACAGCACCGGGACACAGGGAUGCGACACGCGUGUUCAUCUACAAGCGACGGCACGACCGAGUCUUCAGACGCCAAAAAACCCAAAGAGUUGUAUGUUGUUUUCAACAAAGUGCAGGAAGAUGGCGACAAGAGAGCAGAGGCGCAGCACAGCCCGGGUUUCCCUGAGUCACAGGACCGCAGGUUGACCAUCAAACCCAGAUCAUCUUCCACAUGCAUUACUGACAGCUUGACAACCAGUUCAAAGUUAGUCAAUGAAACUGGUGGGAAGCAGGAAGCUGAGAAACGCACUGUGGUGCUGAGGCAGGAUGGUGUGAGAAGAGCUGUUGAGAAGCCUAGCAGUGUGCUGACCUCCUGUAGUGUUUUAGUAUCAGUGGAGCAGGAUUCUGGCCAGCUAACCCAGUGUGAAACUAAACACGAUACCACCGAAAUGCAAGCAGAUACCACCACCAGCACUUCAGCUUUCACAGCGGACUGUGUGAACGUAGCAGGCAGCAGUAACGGAGACCCUGAUGGACCACCUGAGACUUUCUCUGGUACCAUCAUGAUCAACAACCAGAGCAUCAUCGUGACUAUCGAGAACGGGGUUCUAACUUUAGCGGCCCCGCCAGAAGGAUACACGUACAAGGAGGACGCAGUGGUAAGUCUGAAGGAGCACUUGGGUGUGAAGGAGCAUGAAGACAUUGUCCUGCUGAACUAUGAGGGUAGCACGAAGUCUCUGGGGAAGAUGGCCGAGGAUGAAGGCGGCACCAUGAGCGACUCUGAGGAACUGACGCUGACCGACGACUGUUCGCUGUCAGAGCUAGGCGCUCUGGACGACUGUCAAUCCGUUAAACGGGAAGAAGGAACUCUGUGUGACUCCGAUUCCACAGCGGCUCAGACCCCAAGAGGUCCGACUGAAGAUCUGCAGCCCACAAGCCUCGUCUCUCCGGCCAGCUUGGCUAAGAAAGGCGUCGCGGUGUCGUACCGCUGCCCACAGCCUGGCUGCGCGUGCACAUUCGACAGCCGCCAGAAGCUCAAGAUGCACUUGGUGUUUCACGCUGAAGACCAGCGGCCCUUCAAGUGCACACUGGAAGGUUGUGGAUGGUCCUUCACAACCUCUUACAAGCUGAAGCGGCACCUCCAAUCGCACGACAAGGUGCGACCUUUCGAGUGCGAGUAUGAAAACUGCGGCCGCCGCUUCACCACCAUUUAUAACCUGAAGGCGCAUGCGCGAGCGCACGAGCAGGAGGACGCGUUUGCAUGCGAGCUGUGCGGAGAAAGGUUCCGCAGCGCCACGCGCCUCACCAACCAUCAGAGGACGCACUUUGAGCCCGAGCGGCCGCACAAGUGCGAGUUCCCAGGAUGUGAGAAGGCCUUCAUCACCUUCAGUGCCCUGUUCUCCCACAACAGGACCCACUUCAGAGAGACAAGCCAGUUCACCUGUACAUACCCAGGCUGUGACAAGCGCUAUGAUAAGGCCUGCCGCCUUAAAAUCCAUCUCCGUAGUCACACAGGGGAGAGGCCAUUUGUCUGUGACUCAGAAUCUUGUGGCUGGACCUUCACUAGCAUGUCAAAGCUGUUGCGCCACAAAAGGAAGCAUGAUGAUGAUCGGCGGUUCACCUGUCCAGAAGAAGGCUGUGGGAAGUCCUUUACCCGUGCAGAGCACCUGAAAGGCCACAGUAUCACCCACCUGGGCACUAAGCCUUUUGAGUGCCCAGUAGAAGGGUGUAAUGCUAAGUUCUCAGCACGGAGUAGCCUAUACAUCCACUCUAAGAAACACCGUCAGGAUGGGGUGUCUCUAAGGAGCAGAUGUCCUGUGGCAGGAUGCACCAAGCAUUUCUCAUCCCGCAGUAGCCUCAAGAGCCAUAUGCUUAAACACCACAACCUCAGCCCAGAUGUAUUGAGUCAAUUGGAAAACACAGCCACUCUGACGCCCAGCUGUGAGCUCACCAGUGCUGCUCAGAGUGCCACCACUCCUGGCUCUGUGGGAACGGAACUCAGCAGCUUGGAUCUCUCCUCUCUUUUCUCCAAUGUUCCCUCAGGAGCCUCUACUGUACCUACAGGUCAUACGCCUCAGUCAGGCCCAGCUUCCUUCACCAUGGACAUGGCUUUAGCAAGCAGCGGGAUUCUUACCAUAGACCCAGCCUCAGUGGGCUCAGCUUUGGGAGGAGCCAAACCCGUGGACCCUCUGAUCUUGGCUGCGGGUGGUGAUAUGGGGGUGCAUGUCCUGGAUGCAGGUGGAGGAGGUGGGGUCUUGCAGCAAGCUGCACUGCAGUUGGACGAUGUACAGACAGUAAACCCUGAGGCACUCGGAGCGUUAACAGCCUUGGCUAUUCAGAGCACCUCAUCUGCUGAGCAGCUCCAAGGCCUGAGCUCCUCUAGUGCUUUAACAGCAGAAUCACCUUCUUCCUCUCUGACCCCAUCCCUUACACCCUCCCUUUCUUCUUCUCUCACGUCGCCACUGUCGUCAUCUCUUGCUCCAUCUCUUGCUUCCUCUCUUGUUCCGUCUCUGGCAUCUUCCACGGUACCAGAGCUGCUGUCUCCCCAGGUAAAGGCUGAUAUGGGGGGCAGUGAAGCAGCUGUGGGGCCUUUACUAAGUGGCGUGGAGGUCCUCAGCCAGCCGGAGAACAGCAAGGCUCUGAGUCAGUUUGUUUUCCCUAGCCACAGCACAUCCUUCAGCGGGCAGAAAGAGACAGAGCUGCCCUCAGUCGCUCCUUGUGCUUUUAUUGAGAGCAGUGGUUCUGCCCGCACAGACUACAGAGCCAUCCAACUGGCAAAGCGAAAGAAGCAGAAAGGCCCUGCUGCAAGUCCAUCUACUGCAGGGGCAACCCAGCGGAAGACAAAAGGGGCGAAGAGUUCCAGUGCUGCAGGGACAUUGGCUUCAGGCAGCGCUCGAUUUGGAGAAGGAACUGCAUCAACAACCACAGCAGGACUCACUAUCCGAGACCCAGUCACUGGUGUACAGUAUGUACAGAUUCAGCUACUGCAGGAUGACCCAACCACAGAUGGAGAUUUGGCUUUCCAGCUCAGUUCGCAGACCUCCAGUUCUCAUUCCCAGCUAACAGUCGAUCUGCCUGUCAACAUCUUGCAGGAGCCUUCUGCUAUGCCUGAAGAUGAUAAUGGAUCUGAUAACUCUCAGUUCACUGGCAGUACCAUUAACCUACAGGACCUGGAAUAAAAGACUCACCUGAGAUACAAGAGCUCCUUGUAGACCUACUGACAGUUUUUCUUUUUCUUCACAAUCUUCAUAAAAGGCAUCUAUUUUCGUUGUCUGUUGUCCGCGUAUUUGUGUCUACUAGGUGUUUCCUACAAGUCAUUUCUGAAUUUAGUAGUGCAGCCGUUUGAAGUUAAAAUGGCUUAUUUAAACAGCCCAAUUCCACACUUGCAGAAUGAAAUGUAUUUGACCAAAAGUAAAGGUUUUUCAUUUGCUUCAUGUAUUAGUUAAGUUUCCUUUGUAGAGAACAUGAGCUAUUAUUGCUAAUAGAGUACUUAUGAGCCAACUCUGUGUCAUUAAAAUGUUAAUGAACAGCAAAGAGUUGUCACAUACUGUUUAAUAUAUACUAUUUCAAGAAAGCAUACACUUUUUUUUUUUUUUUUUUUAAGUUGGGGAACAUCAGCUCAUGUGACAGCUGCUUGAUAAAUAUGCUAUAUUUUAAGUCUGUUAAAGCAGGAUUAUGUAAUUGGAUUGUGAAUCAGCACAAUGAGGUAUAAUAGAUGUAAGAUUUAUUUAUGCAGCAAUAUGCAUUGAAAUAACUGUCCAUGUCUUGAGUUUCGCUUCAAGUCCUGAUAAUUUUUGCAAUCAUGAAAGAAUUCCUCCACACUUUUUUUUUUUUCUUUGUAUAGUUUUGUAUAAAACAAAGAU